CCCCAUCUUCUCCCCAUAUCGGCCCCGCUACCCGGCCCCUCGCCGUCACCGCAGGAUGGAUGCGGACACUGACCGAGGAGCCACCCCGCCGCCGCCGGCCCAGCCCGCUCGACUGCAGCAGCUGCCGCCGCCGCCGCAGGAGGAGCAGCAGCCCGGGCGGCAUCCUCUCCUCCUCCUCCUCGCCGUGAGGGGCCUCCGGGAGCCUCCUCUGCAGCACCCUCCUCCGCCGCGCAUUGACCGCCUCGAGUCAGCCCGCUGCAGGGACUUCUGAGGCGCCUUCGCCUGCUUUUCGGCACCAUGUCGGGGGAGCACAGCGGCGCGGCGGCGGCGGCGACCACCACCACCACCACCACGCCUCGGUUCCUGGCUCCUCCGCCGCCCCCGCCCAAGAACGGCUCCAGCUCGGACAGCUCCGUGGGCGAGAAGCUGGGGGUUGCUGCUGCUGCUGCAGCCGGCGGCGGCGGUGGCGCCGGCGCGGACCCUGAAGGCUCGGAAGGCGGCGGGGGCCGCAACGAGGAGUAUCUCCGGCGCCGCCACACCAUGGACAAGGACAGUCGCGGCGCGGCCGCCACCGAGCACCGCUUCUUCCGCCGGAGCGUCAUUUGCGACUCCAAUGCUACCGCUCUGGAUCUUCCCAGGCUGCAGCCCGCAGCGCCUCCCCCCGCUGCAGCCGGCCGAGGGAGCAUCCCGCCGGUGCUGGGCUCACCUCCGGAGUCUGUCAUCCAGGCCACAUGCGCCUCCGGCACCACCGGCCAAGCCCCCACGUUGCUCCUGCAGCAGCCGCCUCUGCCUGCAGAGGGGCAGACUGGUCAAGAGCCCCUGGUAGCAAAGGACGUGGCCCCACUACUGGCUAAGGAGGAGGGCUUGGAGGCCACCUCACUGCCCCCUACCAGCACAGCGGGGAGCACCGUCGCUUCUGCCCGGGAUCUACAGGAAGAACGGAGGCAGCAGGAGGAUAUUGAGGAGCUGGAGACCAAAGCUGUGGCCUUUUCCACAGACGGUCGCUUUCUGAAGUUUGAUAUCGAGAUUGGCAGAGGCUCCUUCAAGACGGUCUACAAGGGACUGGACACGGAAACCACCGUGGAAGUCGCUUGGUGCGAGCUGCAGGAUCGGAAGUUGUCCAAAUCUGAACGGCAGCGAUUUAAGGAGGAGGCUGAAAUGCUGAAAGGGCUUCAGCAUCCUAACAUUGUACGGUUCUAUGAUUCCUGGGAAUCAACAGUGAAGGGAAAGAAGUGUAUUGUUCUGGUUACAGAGCUUAUGACAUCUGGCACUCUGAAAACAUACUUAAAAAGGUUUAAGGUGAUGAAAAUUAAAGUGCUACGAAGCUGGUGCCGGCAAAUACUGAAGGGCUUACAGUUCCUGCACACGCGCACACCUCCCAUUAUCCAUCGUGACCUGAAGUGUGACAACAUCUUUAUCACUGGCCCUACAGGAUCCGUCAAGAUAGGAGACUUGGGUCUGGCGACCUUGAAGCGAGCUUCUUUUGCAAAGAGUGUAAUAGGUACCCCAGAGUUCAUGGCACCCGAGAUGUAUGAGGAGAAAUACGAUGAAUCCGUUGAUGUAUAUGCUUUUGGAAUGUGUAUGCUUGAGAUGGCUACGUCUGAAUAUCCUUAUUCUGAGUGCCAAAAUGCUGCGCAGAUCUACCGUCGAGUGACCAGCGGAGUCAAGCCAGCUAGCUUUGAUAAAGUAGCAAUUCCCGAAGUAAAAGAAAUAAUCGAGGGAUGCAUCCGUCAGAACAAAGACGAAAGAUAUGCUAUCAAGGACCUUUUGAAUCAUGCAUUCUUCCAGGAAGAAACUGGUGUGCGGGUAGAGCUGGCAGAGGAAGAUGAUGGAGAGAAAAUUGCCAUCAAGCUCUGGUUACGAAUUGAAGACAUUAAAAAACUUAAGGGAAAAUACAAGGACAAUGAAGCAAUAGAAUUUUCUUUUGACUUGGAAAGAGAUGUCCCAGAGGACGUAGCACAGGAAAUGGUUGAGUCUGGAUAUGUCUGUGAAGGGGAUCACAAGACAAUGGCCAAGGCCAUAAAGGACAGAGUUUCCUUAAUCAAGCGAAAAAGGGAGCAGCGUCAGCUAGUGAGAGAAGAGCAGGAGAAAAGAAAGCAAGAAGAAGUAAAUCAGAAGCAGCAGAUAGAACAGCAGUUACAAGCAGGUGCUACCCAGCAAGCGGCAAAACAUGCUGCUCCUGCCACUGGUACCACUGCCAUCCCCACUACUUCAGCUUCAGUUUCUACGCAAGUAGAGCCUGAGGAACCAGAGGCUGAUCAGCAUCAACAGCUGCAAUAUCAACAGCCCAGCACGUCUGUUCUCUCUGAUGGGACUAUUGACAGUGGUCAGGGAUCAUCUCUUUUUACUGAAUCAUGUGUGAGUAGCCAGCAGACGGCUUCCUACGGUUCCCAGCAUGAACAGUCUAUCCCAACAGUUCCAGCCCCAGGGUAUACGGUUCCUAUUGGCCAGCCUCAGUCACAACAACCUGGAGGAUAUCAGACAUCUGCAGGGACACAGCUGCCAGGGCAGCCAGCCUCAAAUGGUUCAUCAGUAGGCACGUCUUCCCAACUCAUGCAUCAAGGCCAGCAGAGCUCUCAGCAGCCAGCCUCUUCCCAGCAGACUGGGCAGUACCAAGUUCAGCAACCACCCGUUUCUACUGGAGCCGUACCACCCCAGCCGGUUACACAAACCGCACAAAUUAUGCCUAUGCCUCAGGUAGCAGCUGGGACACAGCUUCCUGUUUCCCAACAAAUGCCGAUCAUCCAAGGUGAACCACAGUUACCUGUUUCAGCUCCUACACUUCCUCAGCCUUCAGUUGCCCCGGUUAUGCCCAUUGGCUCUCAUUAUCUCCCUAUGGGGCAGCCACUACAAGCCCCCCUUCUUCCACAGUUCUCAGUCUCUCAGCUGCCCAUAACAGCACCUCACGUCUCAGUGGCCCAGCCUGGCUUCCCGUCUCUACCCAUCUCUAUGGCAGCUGGUAUAAACCAGCCUUUGCUCACUCUGGCCACAUCUGCAGCGGCAGCUGCUAUUCCUGUGGGCUCAACUGUUGUCCCUAGCCAGAUUCCACCUCUCCUUCAGCCUGUGGCUCAGCUGUCCAGCCAGGGUCUCCCACAGCUUCUGCAGCCAGCUGUCCAGUCCGUGGGAAUGCCAGCAACUCUUGGACAACCUGAAGUACCACUUCCAGCUACAGAUGCUGUGUACCAGGGCUUCCCACCUCGGCUACCAGCGCAGUAUACAGGAGAUUCAAAUAUUGCUCCCUCUUCUGUGGCCUCUGUUUGCCUCCCUUCUGCAGUACUAUCCCCUCCCUUACCCACAGAUGCAUUGCCUCAGCCAGGCUAUCAUGCUGCAGUAGUGCAGCCCUAUGUGGAACAGAAUUUAGUUCCUUUGGGCGGUCUAGGAGGACAGGUUCAAGUGCCACAGCCUGUCACCUGUUUAGCCCAGCAGGUUUCCUCUGCAUCCUCGCAGCAAUCGGCACUAGAGAGUACAUCUGGAGUGUCUCAGGCUGCACCCACGGAGCCUCAGCCACCAGUACAGCAACAGCCUUCGCAGUCAGCUCCAUUGGUUUCCUCAGUAGACAGUGCGCAUUCAGAUGUUGCUUCAGGUUUAAGUGACUGCAACGAGAGUGUUCCCACCUCUGGUGGAAGGCAUGAAGGGAGGACUACAAAGCGGCAUUGUCGGAAGUCGGUACGCAGCCGCUCUCGCCAUGAGAAGACUACACGUCCAAAACUGAGAAUUCUCAACGUUUCAAACAAAGGAGAUCGGGUUGUGGAAUGCCAACUAGAGACACACAAUAGAAAAAUGGUUACUUUCAAAUUUGACUUGGAUGGAGACAACCCAGAGGAAAUAGCCUAUAUCAUGGUGCAAAAUGAAUUUAUUUUGGCAACAGAGAGAGACUCAUUCAUUGAGCAGGUGCGUGAGAUCAUCGAAAAAGCGGAUGAAAUGCUCAGUGAGGAUGCCAGUGGGGAGCCAGAAGGUGAUCAAAGCAUGGACAGUAUGCAAAGCCAGAAAUUGGAUGGAGACUUCAAACGGCCAGAUCCUGCAUCUUCCAUGCCGCAAAGAAUAGGUGUUCCUCCUAGCUCACUGACUCAGGUUGUCCAUUCUGCCGGAAGACGGUUUAUUGUCAGUCCUGUUCCAGAGAGUAGGUUACGAGAACAGAAAUUUUUCACUUCCAUUCCAUUGGAAAAUGAACUUUCUGAUAUUGGUGUUGCUUCUCCAUCUCAUGGCCCUGGGAUGAAUCUCUCUCACUCUGCAUCAUCUCUCAGCCUGCAGCAAGCGUUUUCAGAGCUGAAGCAUGGGCCAAUGACAGAAGGACCAAGCACUGCACCCCCGGUCUUUAACCAGGCCAUACCAUCUUUUCCAUCUCUCACUACAAGUGAGAUUGGGUCACUGCCAUCAGCAUCAAUCACCACUCCUUCAGUGUCACUUCCUUCCACCACUAGUGCUUCUUUACCAGCAACUCAGUCUGUUAGCACACAGCCAAUAGAAGCACUGGCUGCUGGGCUUCCAGCGAGUAAAGAACUAUCUGGUUCAAACUCUCCACCACCAGUGUUGCAAUCUGGGCCACAGUUAGUCAGCGGAGUGGCUUCCAGUAUCAGCGUACCUUCUUUUUCAUCAGUAGCGUCCCAGAUAGCUUCUGCCACUGGAGAAGUUGCCCCUAGUGUUAGUACCCCUGCUUCCCUAACGUUGCCACAAGCUGGAACAAUAGGGUCUAGUGCUGCUAUAUCAGGAACCAUGACGCUGCCUGUGACAUGUCAGCAGAUCGGUAGUGCUUUUCCUGCAGCAUCCCAAACAUCUGCACCGGUGUCUUUGGCACAGAGCAUGGUUUCUUUACAACUGAGCACUAGCAGCUCUGUCCCUAGCCUAGCUGAAAUGGUGGCUGUAAGCGUCCUGCACCCAAAGUCAGAGAAUGAACAGUUAUCAGACAAGCUGCAGCUGGGCAGUGUAGGUGGGACGGCGUUGCCUAUUUCUGUACCUUUAUCUUCUGCAGUAGCAUCAAGUAUGUCUGGCUCUGUGCCUCAGUCUGCUGGGGCACAGCCACUACCUAUCCCACUGGUAGUUACCUCAUCUAUCCUAGCCCCAGUAGCAGGUGCAGUCUCUACUCCAGUAUUACCCCAGGUUCCUUUACCUGGCAUCCUGCCACAGGCACAACCAGUAGCUAAUGUUCCUACAGUGCAGCAGACUUUAGUACAUAGUCAGCCUCAACCAGCUCCAUUACCCAAUCAACCUCAUAUUCACUGUCUGGAAGCAGAUGCUGACUGUCAACCCAAAGCACCUGGUAUAGAUGACAUAAAAACCUUGGAAGAAAAAUUGCGAUCACUCUUCAGUGAACAUAGUGCUACUGGAGCAGCACAUUCAUCAGUGUCCCUGGACACAUCGUUACCAGUGGAGACGAUAGUCAUGCCUGGCUUGCCAACAACGGCUGUUGCACCCACGAAACCCGUGGCUCCUAUUGCAAGUGCUAGUGUACCACCAGCCACCUUGUUACUUGGCCCAGCAGGUUUGCCUGUUAUGACGCCUGUUGCUACACCUGUUCAGGCAGGUACCCCAGCCAGCUGUGUCCCAGCAGCAUGUGUCACUGCACCAGGAACAACGAAACCAGGGACGACUCCUUCAAAGGCUCCUCUUAGCAGAGUACCGGCUCCAGUAGGUUCUGAGCUUCCAGCUGGCGCUCCACCCAGUGAGCAGCUGCCACCUUUUCCGGGACCUUCACUAACUCAGUCCCAGCAACCUCUGGAAGACUUGGAUGCUCAGUUGAGAAGAGCUCUGAGUCCAGAGACUGUCCCAACAACAUCGGCUACUACCUGUCCUCUGCCAUCUGCGGCUUCUACAACUGUUACUGGAGUGGUGAGUGCACUAGAACAGCCUUCGAAUACUGAUUCUCAGGGUGCAGAGUGUUGUGCCACUACUACUGCCUCAGGGGUUGCAGUUCUUAAGAUGGGUCGCUUUCAGGUGUCAGUGGCUGUGGAUGAGCAGAAAGACAGCGGAAGUAAGCCCAAGCACUUUGACACAACCACCUCUGGUUCCUCUUCUUUGUCUAGCAGUAGCCCAGAGAGUACUCUGGUGAAGUCAGACCCCAGUGGGAAAGCUGAGGCCAUAGCGGCUACCUCAGAUGUGGUGGAUGGAGUCUCUUCACAAGCUUCCACCACCCAACUGCAGCCAACCAAGGUUGGGCGUUUCCAGGUGACGACAACAACUGACCAAGUGGGUCGUUUCUCCGUAUCAAGAACCCAAGAUGAGAUGACCUGCGUGGAGAGAGAUGUCCCUGGAAUAGUCCCUUUGUCUGCAGAGUCAGAACAAGUUUCUUCUCCGCUCACAACUCCUAAAUCAGAGUUUGCCGGGAGAAGACUUUCCCUGCAUCUAAAUGGACCGUCAUCUGAGUUGGAGGCUGCCUUCCUGAGUAGGGCAGCUAAAGAAAUGGAUGAAGGCUCAGGCAGUCCAGACUCCCUCCAUCCUCCUGGGUCCAAGAUCAGUCUUCCAGCCCAGAGCCUUAGCAACUCAUUUAACUCUUCCUACAUGAGCAGUGAUAAUGAGUCGGACAUAGAAGAUGAAGACUUGAAGUGUGAGCUGCGCCGAUUGCGUGAGAAGCACCUUAAAGAGAUCCAAGAGCUUCAGAGUCGGCAGAAGUUGGAGAUUGAACUGCUUUAUACAAAACUGGGGAAGGUGCCUCCAGCUGUCAUUAUCCCUCCAGCUGCUCCUCUGUCAGGAAGGCGGAGAAGACCUACUAAAGGGAAAAGCAGCAAAUCCAGCCGCAGCAGUUCCCAGGGUAACAAGAGCCCUCAGAUUUUGGGCAAUCUGUCUGCUCAGAGCGCACCUUCAGUCUUGCCCCCACAACAGACCUUACACCCUCCUGGCAGUGCCCCAGAGACAGGACAGAAUCAUCUGUUACAGCCCCUUAAACCAUCGCCUUCUAGUGAGAACCUCUACUCUGCCUUUACCAGUGAUGGUGCCAUUUCCAUACCAAGCCUUUCUGCGCCAGGCCAAGGGACCAGCAGCACUAAUACAGUCGGCGGUACAGUGAACAGCCAGGCACCUCAGUCUCAGCCUCCUGCCUCUAGCAGGAAGGGGACCUUUACGGAUGACCUGCACAAGCUAGUGGACAACUGGGCUCGUGAUGCCAUGAGCCUCUCCGGCAAGAAGAACAGCAAGGGCCAUAACAAUUACGAGGGCCCAGGAAUGGCGAGGAAAUUCUCUGCACCAAGCCAGCUCUGCAUCUCGAUGACAUCCUCUCUUGGUGCUACACCCAUCUCUGCAGCGUCAGCUACCUCCCUAGGUCACUUCACAAAGGCCAUGUGCCCCCCUCAGCCGUAUGGUUUCCCAACAGUGCCCUUUGUAGCUCCCUGGAGUGGGACAGGUGGUCCAGCACUGCAGCCUUUAGGCCAAUUCCAGCCUGUUGGAGCUGCCUCAUUGCAAAGCUUCAACAUCAGCAACUUGCAGAAAUCUAUCAGCAACCCCCCAGGCUCUAAUCUGCGGACCACUUAAUGAGACCCAGACACACUGCUGGGUAGAACUUGGGGGGGAGAUGGGGCCCUGAAUCAACAAUUAGGCUGCAAUGAACUGGCUGUUAGUGCCCAAAGGGGAACGAAUCCCCCUCUAACCAUUGCUCUUUGCUCUCAGUAAGAAAAGCCCCCCAUUCUGAAGAUGGGGAGAAGGGUGAUCAGGAUCUUCCAUGACGGGACAUGCUUCCUCUUGUUCUUGUAUGUGGCAAAGUAUGUAAUGAUGGAAGUCACCAAGCAAACCAGUGGCCUCUUAUAAAACUCAUUGGGUUUAAGAGGCUGAAUCUACAGUGGGUUGAGAGAGUUGCUGUUUGUUCAAGCAUGAAUCUUUAGUAUGCUGUUUGUCUUGCUCUGAGGAAUCAAGCUUAGGGAAAAGCUUCUCCAUGUUCCCAUCUUCUCUCCCUUCCCUCAAACCAUCACAUUGGAGUUCCUGAGAUGAUGGGACACAGAGGUGGACUUGCAGAACAGCCCAUGCUUUGAGAUAGGUCAUUACUGCUUUAAAGUUAACAUUUUUUUAACAGCUUCGACUGCAGCAUUAGAGCAAUUUAAAAUUGUUUAGAAGAUAAAUUUUUAAAAGUUCCCUGCGGACAUGUACUUACCAUCAGUUUUGAUGUGGAAACACUGUGAUAUAUAAAUGUUGUUGGACAACAGUAGUUUAAAAAUGAGUGGAGUAUAGAGGGUUAAACAGUUAAAAGGAAAAAAAAUGGGAAAAAAGCUCGCUAUAUCCUGAUACUUAUUGGAGACACUUUAACUUUUUUCCUUUGUAUUUUCAUUGUAUUAGAUAAAUGUGAAUGUAUAAUUGUAUAAAUUAAUGUACUUGAAUACUUGUCUGUUCUCCCAGUAUGCUUGCUGGAUAUUUUAGUGCCUUGGACUUUUAUUGCUUCUGCAGUUAGCAUCACCAUCCCAGCAGACUUUAGACAGGCAGAGGGAAAUGGAGGUUAUUUGGACAUAGUCACUGGAAUACCAAAGGGUUAACACAUUGGAUGUUUAUACUGCAAUAGUGUCUAGAGUAGGUGUUGGAUGGGGAGCUACUGCAGCUGUAUGUUGGAAGAGUAAAGUUAUGGAGUGAAGGGGGAACAUAUGAGGUUGAUGACACAAUGGCUAUGAGGGCUUAAUGUGGAAAUGCUAAAACGAAUGAAUAUGUGACCAGAGUAAAAGCUGGGCUGGAAAAGAACAGAGGGAACAGGGAGGAAGCAUUUUUGUACCCCCCCCC